AGUGACGCGGCUUGCUUUGCUGACCCGGCUCGCCAAUCAACGACUGUGCCUUUGACUCCCUACAAGAUGUUCGCAGCGCCAUCUUCACUGCCCGGACAGACCUGGGCAGAGGCUGGACCGUCUCAUGCUCACACAGACGCGAUACAACGUACUCAACAGCCCAUCGUGACAGGUACAUCCGUCCUGGGUGUCAAGUUCGAUGGCGGUGUCAUCCUGGCGGCCGAUACAUUGGCGUCAUAUGGCUCACUCGCUCGAUUCGACGAUGUGCAGCGACUUCAUCCUGUCGGCCCGCACACUUGCAUAGCAGCGGGCGGCGACAUGUCGGACUUCCAACAGCUACAGCAUAUGCUCGAUGGACUCAUGCGAGAGGAGCGGCUGCAAGAUGAUGGUUCGACCUUGACGACUGCCCAGAUCUACGAGUGGCUCAGCAGGGUCAUGUACGGCCGUCGAUCAAAGUUUGAUCCUCUCUGGAACUCCCUCCUUGUCGCUGGCAUCGAAAACGAUCAGCCAUUCCUGGGUUACGUAGACCUGCUCGGAACGACGUACAGCUCACCGACACUAGCGACUGGCUAUGGCGCCUACAUUGCUCAGCCGCUCCUGAGGAAAGCUUACGAAGACAAGCAUGCGGCUGGCCAGAAGCUCACCAAGGACGACGCAGAGGCACUCUUGCGAAAGUGCAUGAAGGUCCUCUUCUAUCGAGACGCGCGCAGUCUCAACAAGUAUCAAUUCGCAGUCAUCACCAAAGAGGGUGUCGAGAUUUCAAAGCCAAUGUCCUCAGAUACCGAAUGGGCCUUUGCCGAGCGCCUGAGAGGCUACGGUGCACAAGUCGAAUGAGCGUUGUAUGUGCCAAUUGCAUACGACGCAUUCAGCUGCCGAGUGUAGACUGGCUUGCAAUCAUGUGGCUAGAC